AUGGGCAAGAAAGCAGGGAACAGAGGCGCGCGUGGGAAGCAGAAAGAGGACGGGAGCAAGCUGGAGGAGGGCAAGGCUAGGACGAUCAAAGAUUUCUUUGGAAGCAAGGCAUCGUCGGAGAGCACUGAGAGCCCGAGAACGAGGACGUCGCAUGAGAUCUGCAUCGAAGAUGAGGAAGGAGGAGGAGCAGGAGGAGCAGGAGGAGCAGGAGGAGCAGGAGGAGCAGGAGGAGCAGGAGGAGGAGGAGGAGGAGCAGGAGGAGGAGGAGGAGCAGGAGCAGGAGCAGGAGCAGGAGCAGGAGCAGGAGGAGUGAAGGAAGAAAGGAAGCACCAGGAGGUAAGAGAAGUGAUCUGCAUCGAUUCAGAGGGCGAUCAGAACGAGGAUGGUGGCGAGGAGGAGUUUCGUUUCAUCUCAGAACGACCAGUACACCCACGCAAGAAGCAGAGCUACGGCAACUUCGGCGCUCUCGUCACCCUCAAGGAGCAGGAGCGCUACUGCCUGCUGUCUCCUGACGGCUGCUGCCUCCUGCCAUGGUGGAGCCGAAGCUUUCGCAUCGGGUACAGGAACGUGUUCUCAGAUAGAAGACCCCCAGGCAUUGGCGUUCAUGCUCACACAUGGGGGAAGUGCUCUAGUUUGGACGUCCCUUCCUUCCGUAGCAUGCUCUUCGGAGGAGGGUCACCAUCCUGCGAGAAGCUGGCGGUUCCGAUCUGGAGAAGCUCUCGAUCCCCAGCCGUGGACGGAAGGCGAGCGAGGCAUCUGUCCAACUUGAAGUGCUUGCUCCGACGACGACAUGUCCACCAGCACUCGCUCAGCUCCGAGGACCUCGAGGCCUUCAACAAGUUGAAGAGCAUGAGUGAGAGUGCGCAGGUGAAGUGGUCAGAGGAGCAGCCAACGAACUCUGUGAGAAUGGUUUUGCGCGUCGUCUUCAACAUGUACCUUGUCUCACCUGCUACGAUGAUGGUGACUUGUAUGUACAACCAGGUUUGCGAUCUCCCUCAGCCGCUCCACUGCAUCCUUCCGGUUCUUGACGACGCGAAAUUGAAGAAGCUGUACUACGAGCGACUGGGAGGGCAUGUUUCAGGCUUGAAAGAUAGAGAAACAAUCACAAAGGAGAUCUGCAAGGUCCUGACGAAGAGUGGAGACGACAAGUCAAGAGAUAAGCAAUUGGACCGUAAGAGGAGUGUACAAACUCUCAUCGGACAGAAAGGCAACGUCACCAAUGUUUACUCCAACGCCAUUCUUGACAUUCUUGGAAUCUCUUCGAACAAUAUAGCGAGGAGGUUGACGUCGCCAACCGCAGGAAUCAGAUCGCCGCUAAUCAUCAGCAUCGCCGACGGCAUCGAGCAAUCCUUUCAUCGUCUUGAGAUCUUGUUCUUUACCUCCGCUGGUUUCUCACCGGAAGACGCUGCGGCCUUGAUGAUGUGCGACCUUCAAACUUUCUUCUCCUCCGAAACUCCAAGGAGUGAAAGCGAACCGUCCUCGCAAGCGCAAGGCAAGAAGAUGUCAGAUCUCCCACAGCUUGAAGCAGCGAUCAAGCUGUCCGAUGAGUUGGAAGCCUCAGUGAGAGUUGGAGACGCACUUGCGGCAUACAAGAGCGUCGAGCGGGCGGCAAACAUCUUCCAGUCUGCUCUGCGAGCCAAGACCGACGUGCUCGCCUUCAGGUCAAACCCCUGCCACGCUGUCAUCGCCCGCAUCUUGUACUGCGGUGUGGGGCUGCUGGAAAGAGACAAGAGAUACAAAGAAGCAAUCCGAGUCAUCGAUCUCCUGCUCAGCGCUGACUUGCCGCUCAAAGUUCACUUCUCCUCCCCUCAGCUUCUCCUGCGGAAAGUCGAGAACGCAGCUCUGCAGCAUUACGCGAGCGAGGAGGGAGGGGGCUGGAAGUGCGGCAUGCAUACAGAGAACGGCAUCUGGCACAUGCUGUUUGGGGUCCUCCUAGCUGACGUCCUCCUGGACCCUUGCGACCUUUUCGUUCCCGAAGAUUUGAUGGAAGUGAAGCACCUGCCCUCUGCCUUUCACAUGCUCCCCUCACUCUGCAUUGCCGCAGAGUCCGCUGGAUUUUGGGGGUUCAGCUUUCUUCGAGAGGAGGAGGUAGGGCAGAAUGACGUGCAGCCCUAUCAUGACGUCUGGGGCAGACUUGAGAUCUCACAACGACUGAGCUCUAUCAGUGACGUGGCAGAGGGAGAAGGAGUUUGCCCCCUGGUCGAUCGUCUGACGAAGAACUGGGAUUGCUACAAGAACAGAAUGUGCAUCGGUGUGCAGUGGAACAGACACAGUCUGCAAGAGUUGAUCGCCAUCGCGCGGUGUAUUGGAAAGGAAGUCAUUGCAUGCGUGUGCAACCUGUUUGCAAGGGACUUUCAGACUUGGCGCCAUGGUCUACCAGACCUUAUCUUCUGGGACGAAGCGAAGGAUGCAAAAUGUUCGUCGCUGCUAGUGGAGGUCAAGGGGCCAGGAGAUAGUUUGAGCAACGCACAGAUCGCGUGGAUCCACGAGCUCCUGGAGGCAGGAGCACACGUCGAAGUUUGCCAUGUUGAGCGAUCACAAUGA